UCCGCCCCCCAAGAGGAAGCGAGAGGGCAGCCCAAUGGAAUGCCACACGGAACGGGGCUGGCUCGGGAAGGCAUUCUUGACUCUUGGCGCAGACUCUUGACUCUUGUGACAGCCCACGAGGGGAAUGCCACGACGCGCGCUUUCCUGCGGGGCAAGCCCUUCGCUGCUUCGGCCAGGGAAGAAGAUCUGCUGAUCUUGGGAGGAGGGUGGGACUCUGAGCCGCCAAGAUCGCCUUUUGCCUGGCCCUUCCCCCUGCGCGAGGUGCCCGCGAGCGCUGAACUUCCGAGGAGAGGUCUGGUCGGCGCCUGGGUCAAGAAAACACACUUGAGAAUGUUCACUUUCCGCAGCAAUUCAUAUCUGCUACAAGUACAGACCAUUCAUUUUGCUACUUUGAGAGCUGUGCUUGCGGACCUGGAAAAAAUUAAACCCUGUUCUAAGAUUGAUGCCACUUUAUAUACUGCAGAAAUGACUGAUCGUAAUGAAUGCAAAGAAUCAGUGAUGAAAUGCUUUAUACUGGAAAUGGAAGUAAUUUUUCAUGAAUCUAAUUAUGGACAUAGUAGUGCAACGUUCACCAAUAAUGUCCACAAUGUACUGAAAAAUUUCAGUCAUUUUCGAAACAGCAGUUAUUCGAACCCAGAAACAUCCACAUGCCGAAAAUGUGAAACAUUUGAAGAAAAAACAUGUACAGAAUUUUUAAAAAGCUUUGAAAUUAUUGUAAACCAACUUUAUAGAGAACUACCUGCAAAUAAAUAAUAGUACAACAGCAAAAGAGUGUAGAAUGAGAUUCCAGUUCAGCAGGGAAGGCCAAAAAAUUAACAAAUAUAAAACACAGCGGGAACAAAGUAGAAUCGGUAGUGGCAAGCAACGAGUUUGCAAACUAGGUAACUUUCAUGUACCUUUAAUCUUCAGGACUGUAAAAUGAAUAACAUUUACAAAGCAGAAGUAAACCUGUUAUGCAACAAAAAUAGUUAAAUGUUUGCCUUUAUGUGUGUAUGAAUUAGAAAAUGAUCAGUUCAGUCAAUUUACAUAUUAAGAGAUGUAACCAAAAGUACCUAAUAACAACUGGGAUAUUAUCAGCAGUAACUACAAAGAGUAAUUUUCUGUUCUUCAUUGAGAUAUUUUAAUUGACUCAGUGUUUCUCCAGUUUUUAUAAUGUGAGUUCUCUCGGAGUUACUAAUAUAGCAUAUUCACUGAUCCAAGCCACGUUUCUAGUAGAUUUUACAUUAUUACAUCUCUAUGAGUGUGUGCAUGGUGCGCUUAGUGCUGUUGAGUCGCUUCUGACUUAUGGCAACCCUACAUCUAACAUAAGGGAGGGGGGAGAGGAAAGCUUGAAUUAUGAGACAGGAUUUUUCUGAAACAUGAUAUGAUUCACUGAAUAUUUAAUGAUUUCUUGUGAUUGAAAGAAUUGAAAGUUGAAGCCAAAAUUAUUACAUAGUAGAUGGAGAUGAUCUGUAGAAUGUGAGUAUUGUGUUUUUAAAUAAACACUGAGAUGUGUUAGGAUUUUGAAAAUGUCUGUCACAAUUCAGUUAUAAAAGGGUUAACUGUAUGAAAAAAAAAGUUGCUGAA